GCCCUCCGCGCUCGCACACCCCCGCAUUGCUCGCGCGCGCAAAGCCAAAGCCUCCCACCCAGGCCCCGGACGGACGGACGGCCCCUCGACAUUGACCCCCCUCGCCCGCGCACACUUCGCCUUCCUCCAUCCGGCCACCAUGUCGCUCGUGCAUCUCGCAAACGUGUGCUCGCACCUGCAAAACGCGUCGCGCGGCCGCCUCGGCCUGACCUCGAUCCCGCUCACCAAACUGCACCUGAAGCUGGCGCUCGGGCUGCAGAAACAAGGCUUCAUCUCGACGGUGACGCCGGGCGGGCCAGCGCCGCCCGCAACCUUCGCCCUCGAAACCCCGGACGACGACGCCGCGACGCCGUCCGCCGAAGCGCUGAGCGCAGAGCCCUGGCUCGCGUACCCCAGCCCCAGCAACGAAGCCGCCGAACCGUCCACCCCGCCCCCCGUCCCGAUCCCCACCAACAGGGCCGCGCAACGGUUAUGGCUCGGCUUGAAGUACUGGAAUAACACGCCCGUGCUGUCCUCAAUGAAGCUGGUCAGCAAGCCCACCAAGCGCAUAUAUCUGAAGCACAAGGAGCUGGAGCUGGUCGUUUUGGGGAGGGAUACCGGGAACGUCAAGGGCUUGACCAAGCCUGGCGAGUGCCUAUUCAUCACCACGGAUAAGGGCAUUAUGGAGAUACGAGAGGCGGUGGAAAAGAAGCUGGGCGGUAGCCCGCUUUGCAGGGUUUUCUAAAGAAAGGAAAAAAACAAAAACAAAAAUAAAGACCGCGUUUUGCAUGUGGCUUGGAAACUCGGGUUCAUUGGCCAAAGAGCUUGUAUCAUCAUGGGCAGAGAAGCACGCAGAGGGCGCACAUACGGCUCGGGAUUUCGCUGGUGCUUGUAAAAAGAACAUGUUUCUUACUUUUUCCAAGAAAAUAGCUCUCUGCAGCUACCGAUUACGCACGCGCCUGGCAGCUCCCAAUCCGCAUCGACGGGCGCCACUAUUUGCCGAUGCUUGGAGACGGUCAACGAAAAUCACGGAAAUUUGGUGUUGGGCUGUUGGGCAUUGGCUCUUUUGCAGACAUGUAGGGCCGAGACGUUGACAUAGACGCAGCAUUUUUGAGCGCAGACGACACUCUGUGCUACUCCAGGCACUUGUCCAGCUUCUGUCAUGUACGAAUAUACUUUUUGGAGACAGGAGGAUGUAAUUGGCGUGAAG